ACUCCAAUUUUUACGAGGGUUCAACAAAAGUUGCGCUCACAAAUUAGUGAUAUGUUUGAGAGCGUCAUAAUACAUGAAUCACGUAAAGUAGUGUCGUCAGAUAUGGUAACAUGGAAUAUGACAUAGCACAAAUAACAAUCCAUUGUUAUACAAAACAGAAAAAUAUAAAAAAAUAGAUGAACAUCAUGGACUAAUGUAGCUUAUUAAGAAAUACGCAGAACUACGUUGCAUACAUAAACAAUCAAUAUACGUCGAGGAAAGCUCUAUUAUCGGGGAAAACAUUAAUACAGGGAAUGGAUGAAAAGAUGAUUAUCAAUUAUGCUAAUGGCACCCUUUAGAAAUCGGUUACAUUCCAGUACAGUUUUUAAUAUCAAAAACUAAUUAUCACAAAUUACCGCGAAGUACGCUCUGACAUUGCGUAGCGUUUGCGAAGUGUUCGAGGUAGUUGCGUUAAAUAAACAAAAGUCACCGCCACCCCCUUGGUAUACUUUUGGUGUAGCGUUGCCGCGAAUAACACGUCACUUGUGGCAAACCAACGAAAGAGCCGCACGCACUUACUGGGCGCGCCUCAUUUCUCGCGCAAUCUCGCAGACGAAGGCGUUCGUCGAAGAGUACGUGAGCCCAUCCGCGAAGACGACCGGCAACGAGACGACGGCCCAAGCACUGGCCAGAUCCACGAUCACGUACAUCGUGGGGCGCGACGAGCUCGCCCUCGGUAUCGUGAUGUCUAAACUGAAGGGCAAAACCGACGAACAGAUGUCGAGCUACCUGAAUUUGGUGCUGUCCGGUUGCGCUACACGUAGCGUUGCCCUGAGGGCCGCAGGCAAAGGUUACCACUACGUCGUCGACGGCGGUGGACGGCCACUGUUCGAACCCCUGCUCAGCACCGCCGACGUCGCCAAGUUCCUGUCUGACGGGAGCGUCCCCAGCCUCAAGGACGGAAAGACGUGGGAGCCGUCGACGCUGAGCACGCCAAGCCGCAUCGUUAAAGACGAUGGCAGCGAAGUCCUCGGCAGCGUAGAAGGUGCCGAUUUUUGCCGAAACUGAAUGUAAAUAAAAGCUCAAUCUAACGAAGUAUCCGGGCAAGCGGAAAAUACUUCGUUAUACCGGUAGCAUCGCUAUGAACUUGG